GCAGUCCCUGCCCCACCGCUGGGUGGCGAGUGUGAGCCCCUUUCCGUCCUUCCCGAUCCCACAAAGUAGCGCUACAACAAACGGAGUUUCUCUCCCCUGGCUCGCGCUCUUGGCACUCUCCGGGGCUUGAAGGAAGCAGGAAAUAGUUUGAGUCACAAUAAUACACAGGAGCAGCAGCCGAGGCCACUCGCGCCCGCCCAUUCCCGGGGCCGCCUCCAGCACUCUGGCCGGGCGAGGCGCCUCCGGCAACGCGCGAGGAAAGCGCAGGGGACACCGGCCCAGCAGCCGGCGCCGCGUCGGAGGCGCCCAAGCGCCUGGCAGAGCCACCCUCGCCCAGCGCCGGACUCCGCCAACUGCAGCCACUACCCGCUUCCAGGGUUCGAAGUACCGCAUUAUUAUCAUCUCCCUGUGAGUGGGACUGGCACCCCAGCUGUACCUCCUGGCGGAAGUGCUCCACAAAACACAGACUCCUGCUAGCCGACAGCCUGCUUUACCAGGCUCCAGGCAUGGAAGAACUGAUAUGGGAACAGUACACUGUGACCCUACAGAAGGAUUCCAAGAGAGGAUUUGGAAUUGCAGUAUCCGGAGGCAGAGACAACCCCCACUUUGAAAAUGGGGAGACAUCAAUCGUCAUUUCUGACGUGCUCCCGGGUGGGCCCGCCGAUGGGCUGCUUCAAGAAAAUGAUCGGGUGGUCAUGGUUAACGGCACCCCCAUGGAGGAUGUGCUCCAUUCCUUUGCCGUUCAGCAGUUGAGAAAAAGUGGGAAGAUCGCUGCCAUUGUAGUCAAGAGGCCCCGGAAGGUCCAGAUGGCUCCGGUGCAGGGCAGCCCUCUUAUCCACGAGGAUGACCGGGCUUUCGAGGUGAUGGAUGAGUUUGAUGGCAGAAGCGCGCGCAGCGGGUACAGCGAGAGAAGCCGGCCCAGCAGCCGCGGAGGGCGCAGCCACAGCUGGGAGGACAGCCCAGAGAGGGGCCGUCCCCACGAACGUGAACGCAGCCGGGAGCGGGACCGCAGCCGUGGCAGGAGCCUGGAGCGGGGCCUAGACCAUGACGACUACGGGCGAGCUCGCGAGCGCAGCCGCGGCCGCAGCUUAGAGAGAGGCCUGGACCAUGACGACUAUGGGCGAGCUCGGGAGAGCAGCCGCGGCCGGAGCAUUGACCCGACUUACGAUCGCGCCUACAGCCCAGAGGAGGAGUACGGCCGCAGGGCUCAGCCCGAUGCCCGGUACGCCGCAUCUCGGAGCCGCAGCCAUGAGCACCUCCACUCCCGCAGCCCCAGCCCAGAGCUGCAAGGGCGGCCAGACCAGCCGGACUCGGAUAGGCCCAUCGGGGUCCUUCUGAUGAAAAGCAAAGCGAAUGAAGAGUAUGGUCUCCGGCUUGGGAGUCAGAUCUUUAUAAAGGAAAUGACGAGAACUGGUCUGGCAAGUAAAGAUGGCAACCUGCACGAAGGAGACAUCAUUCUCAAGAUAAAUGGAACGGUAACUGAGAACAUGUCCUUAACGGAUGCUCGAAAACUGAUAGAAAAGUCCAGAGGAAAAUUGCAGCUCGUGGUGCUGAGAGACAGCAAGCAGACGCUCAUCAACAUCCCCUCAUUAAAUGACAGCGACUCGGAAGUAGAAGAUAUCUCAGAAAUAGAGUCGAACCGAUCAUUUUCUCCAGAGGAGAGACGGCAGCAGUAUUCUGAUUACGAUUAUCAUUCCUCAAAUGAGAAGCUGAAGGAAAGGCCAAAUUCAAGAGAGGACAUGCAGAGCAGAUGGUCCAGGAUGGGCGCCACACCCACUCCCUUUAAGUCCACUGGGGAUAUUGCAGCCGCGGUCAGCACUGAGCCCAGCAAAGAACCCAGAUAUCAAGAGGAAGCCCCAGCUCCUCCUCCAAAACCAGCCCCAAGAAACGUUCUUCGUCCGAGUCCUGAGGAUUUAGCAAUAUAUGGUCCCAAUACCAAAAUGAUCAGGUUCAAGAAGGGAGAUAGCGUGGGCCUCCGGUUGGCUGGUGGCAAUGACGUUGGAAUAUUUGUGGCUGGCAUUCAAGAGGGUACCUCGGCAGAGCAGGAAGGUCUUCAAGAAGGGGACCAGAUUCUGAAGGUGAACACACAGGAUUUCAGAGGGCUGGUUCGGGAAGAUGCUGUUCUCUACCUGUUAGAAAUCCCCAAAGGUGAAAUGGUGACCAUUUUAGCUCAGAGCCGAGCUGAUGUGUACAGAGACAUCCUGGCUUGUGGCAGAGGGGAUUCGUUUUUUAUAAGAAGCCACUUUGAAUGUGAGAAGGAAACUCCGCAGAGCCUGGCCUUUACCAGAGGGGAGGUCUUCCGCGUCGUAGAUACGCUGUAUGAUGGCAAGCUGGGCCACUGGCUGGCCGUGAGGAUUGGAAAUGAAUUGGAAAAAGGCUUAAUUCCCAACAAAAGCAGAGCAGAGCAGAUGGCCAGCGUUCAGACUGCCCAAAGAGACAGCGCUGGAGACAGGGCUGAUUUCUGGAGGAUGCGUGGCCAGAGAUCAGGUGUGAAAAAGAACCUACGGAAGAGUCGGGAAGACCUGACAGCCGUGGUGUCCAUCAGCACCAAGUUCCCGGCUUAUGAGAGGGUUUUGCUUCGAGAAGCUGGUUUCAAGAGACCUGUGGUCUUAUUCGGACCCAUAGCAGACAUAGCAAUGGAGAAGUUGGCAAAUGAGUUGCCUGACUUGUUCCAAACUGCUAAAACAGAACCAAGAGACGCAGGAUCCGAGAAAUCUACUGGGGUGGUACGGUUGAAUACCGUGAGGCAAAUUAUUGAACAGGACAAGCAUGCACUCUUGGAUGUGACUCCCAAAGCCGUGGACCUCUUGAAUUAUACUCAGUGGUUCCCAAUUGUGAUUUUUUUCAACCCAGACUCUAGACAAGGCGUCAAAACCAUGAGACAGAGGUUGAACCCAUCAUCCAACAAAAGUUCUCGGAAGUUAUUUGAUCAAGCCAAUAAACUUAAAAAAACUUGUGCGCAUCUUUUCACAGCUACGAUCAACCUCAAUUCAGCCAAUGACAGCUGGUUUGGCAGCUUGAAGGACACAAUUCAGCAUCAGCAAGGGGAAGCAGUUUGGGUCUCUGAAGGAAAGAUGGAAGGGAUGGAUGAUGACCCCGAAGACCGCAUGUCCUACUUAACCGCCAUGGGCGCAGACUAUCUGAGUUGCGACAGCCGCCUCAUCAGUGACUUUGAAGACACCGACGGCGAAGGAGGCGCCUACACUGACAAUGAGCUGGAUGAGCCAGCCGAGGAGCCACUGGUGUCUUCCAUCACCCGCUCCUCGGAGCCGGUGCAGCAUGAGGAGAGCAUAAGGAAACCCAGCCCAGAGCCACGAGCUCAGAUGAGGAGGGCUGCUAGCAGAGAUCAACUUAGGGACAAUAGCCCGCCCCCGGCAUUCAAGCCAGAGCCGCCCAAGGCCAAAACCGCAAACAGAGAAGACUCCUUUGACCUCUCCAGAUCCUACGAAUACAAAUCAAAUCCCUCAGCCGUUGCCAGUAAUGAAAUUCCGGGGACAUCCACCAAAGGUUGUCCUCCUCCCAUUGCAGCGAAACCCUCCUUUGGACGGCCUAUACUGAAGCCCUCCACUCCCGUCCCUCCCCCAGAGAGUGACGAGGUGGGAGAGGGCAGUGAGGAGCAAGAUGGCGCUCCCAAGUCUGUCCUGGGCAAAGUAAAAAUAUUUGAGAAGAUGGAUCACAAGGCAAGAUUACAGAGGAUGCAAGAGCUCCAGGAAGCACAGAAUGCAAGGAUUGAAAUUGCUCAGAAACAUCCUGAUAUCUAUGCAGUUCCAAUCAAAACACACAAGCCAGACUCUGGCCUGCCCCAAUAUAUAAGUUCCAGGCCCCCCGAGCCACAGAGAGGUCCCGCCAGACUUUAUCAGGAUCCCAGAGGAAGCUAUGGCAGUGAUGCCGAAGAGGAAGAAUACCGGCAGCAGCUGUCAGAACACUCAAAACGUGGUUAUUAUGGCCAGCCUUCGCGCUACCGGGACACGGAAUUAUAGAUGUCUGAGGAUUGACUCCCCACUGCGGCCACUUAGAGCAGCACUCGCACCGGUGAUGGGAGGAUGGUUUUUUUCCAGUUUCAGUGCACUGUGGAGGUCUGCUGGGGAGCCCAGGGGCUGGGUCUGGGGAGUUGAUGACUUUUUGCUCAGAAUUAAGAGAAACACUACAGUCUGAUACGGUUACCUGCUUCAGUGGACCAAAAUCUGUAUUAAUUCUGUUUGCGUAUUUUUGACAUGUAUAUUAAGAAAUGAUAACUAUUUUUCCUCAUUAAUAACUGCCUUCCAGGACUGUUUCAAUAAAAGAGUGAAGAAAAAAAAAAAAGGAAUAAAAAUACUGUUGGACUCAAACUAAAUUCAAAGUAUUUUAUUACAGCUCUAUAAGUGCCUUUGAUGAGAAGUGUCUUAAAUUUUCUUCCUUUGAGGCUCUCCACAAAGCCAUAAUGACUAAAACACUUUGACUAAAUUUUUAUACCAGUUUAAUAACUACAGUUUUCUCUGUACUGUGUCAUCUUUUCAAGGCAUUUGUCUUCGUAAUAUUUUCCAUAAAUUCUGACUGUAUAUAUAAGAGCUAUCUACCAGUGCUAAACAGCCCGAAGAACAAGAAGUGGGUAUAGAAAUAUUUUGUCUGUCUGUUUGAAACCAUGCACUGCACAAAAGCAGAUACUCAAGAAAAACACAUUUCCCGAGUGUGUAUUGACAUCAGUCAGUCUUAUAAUUUAAUAAAAAGGAGGAUAUUGCAAUC